AUGCCUCUCGGUAUCCAGCGCAUCAACGCCAAAAAAUCGCAUCCCAAUGACAGAAUAAUCUUCAUCAAGCCCCUCAAAGGGCCAGACGAAGCCAUAGCGCAAGACUUUCUCGAGAGGAUAGCAGCGCAAUGCCUACCCAUAAUGAAAAACAACCACCUCUCCAUAACCUCCCUCGAAGAAUACGAGCCCAACCGCGAAUUCGUCGGCCGCAACUUCAACGCCGGCGAAGUGGUCCAGCUGGUCCUCAAGUCGCUCUCAGGCCACUGGCUGCCCUUCAACUACGUGCAAAUGGUCAUGAUGCACGAGCUCGCCCACUGCAAGCAGAUGAACCAUUCGCGCGCCUUCUGGGCCGUGCGCAACGCCUACGCCGACGAGAUGCGUCUGCUUUGGUCGCGAGGGUACACGGGUGAGGGACUGUGGGGAAGGGGAGCGUUGUUGGCGACAGGCGAGUGGGAAAAGGAUACGGUGCAGUCUGGCGAAGGGUUGCCGGAGCAUUUGUGUGGUGGGACGUAUAGGAGUCGGGGGAGGAAGAGGAAGGCUUCUAACAAACCGAAACUGUCGUACAAGGAGCAGAAGGAACGAAGGAUUUUAAAGAAGUUCGGUGCGGGUGGGAUGGAGUUGGGGGGGGAUGAGAAGAUCAAGAAGGCGUUGGAGAAAGGGAAAAAAGUGGCGGGGAAGCCGAGGGUGGCGGGCAGUGCGAGGGGGAGGGAGUUGAGGGCUGCGGCGGCGUUGGCGAGGUUUGAGGGGGCUAAGAAGAAGGAGAAGGAAGAAGAAGAAGAAGAAGAGAAGAAGGUUAAGGAGGAGGAGGAGGUUGAUGAUGAUGAGACGGCUAGUGAGGCGGAGAGUGAUGAGUAUGAGGAUGAAGACGAGCAGGAUGGAGUGGCUGCUGUGGAUAUCAACGGGAAGAAGUUGCUGGAUGGCAAGGGGAGGGGGAUGAUCAAAGUGUGUGAGGAUGAGAAUCCCGAGGAUCAAGAUGCGCAGCGGGAGUUGAGGGAGCUGAUGGGGUUCAAUGACGGCGCGAGAAGUUCAACAACUCGACAGCCUGUUGUCAAGGCCGAACCGUCGUCAACGGAUACUAGGAUACCGGAUACCAAAGAGCCCAGCGCAGAGAAAAGAAAACACACCCUUCUCGGCAUUAGCCAAAUCUACCACCAAUCCCGAACCAAAGCCUCCAUCGUCGAGGACCUGCGCGAUAUGCUCAUUCGCCAACGAGCCCACCUGCAUAACCUGCACUAUUUGCGCCAACGUCCUUGA